AUGGAGAAGGCAAGAACCAACUUCGUUAUUUGGUGGGAGGGGAUCAAAAGCCUUCCAGAAACGACCUCCAUUCACGGCUUCAAAUUUAUUGCGGACUCCAAAAGGUCUUUGCUUGAGAGAUUGUUCUGGCUUACCUUCGUGUCGCUGUCCUGGUACUGCUCCUCUCUCCUCAUAGCCGCUCAGUACCACUCCUUCGUCAACAAUCCGAUCUCCUUCGUCGUGGAGACCACGUACAAGGACUGGGCGACGUACUUCCCCGCCGUGGCCGUCUGCGAGAACGACAAUGUGCCUCGGAUCGAAGUAGUUUCUGAUGGGUUAUGGGGCAGCAACCACGACUUCAACAUAGAAGAGGUCUUGAAAGAACUCGCGUACUACAAAGGCGUCGCCUAUUAUACGGCUGAGUUUUGCGAUCCUAAGAGCCCGCUGCCCGAGUGUUUUAAAGACGAUAUCACCUACUAUGCCAAUCUGGUUCGCAGUAACUGUGAAGCGACCCUAUCGAAUUGUACGUGGAACGGAAAUCUCUUCGAUUGCUGUAAAUAUUUUCGAUCGAUUGACACGGAACUUGGGCUCUGCUUCGCGAUAAACAGCAUUCAGGGAAGGGAAAGGACUCCGCCGAAAUUGAACUUGGCAAACAACAGAACGACAGGCCGCGGCAGGCUGAGGUUCAACGUGUUGGUGCCAGCCAACGUGUAUGUGCUGAACAAGGAAGAAGUGCCCUCCAUCACCACGCCGGGGUCCGACGUGAUGGACGUGGCGGCGGAAAUACAUCGCAAACGCCUAAUAUCUAUCAAGGAUAUAGAAAACGACGCAGGCGCACGUCAAGUUUCCCCGGAAAAGCGGAAGUGCCGUUACACGGACGAGAACAUUCUGGAUGUGUACCGGCACUACUCGUACUCGGCAUGUACGGUACAGUGCCGGAAACGGGCGCAACUACGGAUUUGUAACUGUACCAAUUUUAACAUGCCGCGCGUCGCAGAGCAUCUUAAGUGCAAUAUCAGUGGGGUUAUAUGUAUUAAUAAUAAUUGGAAUGCUUUGUCGGUGCUAAAAGCGCGCUGGUCGAGCAGGUCCGGUUUGUACUGUGACUGUCUUCCGUCGUGCACCGAGGCGGAGAUAUCUGUGGUGAAGGACUUCAAGACGUCCACUGACCAAGAGUACGCCGUGGUGGAGGUAGAACUGGCUUCUCUUCCGAGCGAGAGGUACAGGCGGAACGUGGUGCGCGGUCUCCUGGAUCUAGUCGUGUCAACGGGAGGUACCGGUGGCUUGUUUCUCGGCGCGAGCCUGCUCAGCUUCGUGGAGUUGUUCUACAUAUUGCUCGGUGUCCGCGUACCAGCAAAGCUCUUCAUGGGCGUGUCGGGAGAGAGGGAAACGGGGGCAUUGUCUUGUGAGAUGGUCGAGGGUUUGAAUGGAGUUAUUGUCACAAGGACAGAAGGGGUCAUCGGAAAUGUGAAAUCGGUGUAA